GCCAUCUGAAGCACAACGUCAGCCAUCGAUCGCAAGUUUAGCUCGUCGUUUCGAAUCGUAUUUGGAAUUAACCACAAUAAAAUCGCCACAAAUAAAGUAAACAGUCCAAACAAGUGCCUAGCGACAAAUAAGCAAACUUAAUGCAGCGCAUACGGAACAAACAAACCACACAAAUAUUUCCCAUAAAUAUUUCCCAUAACUGCACGGCGUUCAAAUAAAUCAAAAAAGGAUUUUUAUAACAAAAAUUUGAAGAAAAACGGAAAUUAAAAAAAGGAGACACUAAGAGGAAGACUUGAGAGCUAAAAUAAAAAUUAGUUAAAAGACAAAGCCAUAAAAAGACAAAAUAAAUUAAAGGAAGGAAGCAGCAUUCAAAAAUAGAGGAAUAAACAACCUUCAAUGAUAACGAUAAAAAAGAAACUGACAAAAUAAAAUUAAACUUAAAUACUUUAAAAGAAAGACAACAGCUCGAAAAAUUGAUCAGCAAAAUAAAAACAACUAAACUAGAGGAUAAAUAAAAAAAAAUCAGGAAGUAAAUCGCUUAAAAUAUUAUACCUGAAACAAAGUUAAAUAAAUAAAUAAAUAAUCAGCAUGAAGCAAUAAAUUAAAUUUAAACACAAAGCCAUAUAGAAACUCAACGCCAUAAAUAAAGCAACUUAAACAAACAGUCAAGCAAAACCUACAACUUACAACAACAAACAAGAACUCUGUAUUUUGCAACAAAUUUCAAAUUAACCGCCAAACGACUUUGCUUUGCAACACUCGAACGCUGCAUCCCUGGACUUCCGCCACAUUCCAACACUGCAGGACUGUCAGCUGUCAAUUUUCCUGUGUGUGUGUGUGUGCGUGCGUGUGCGUGUUGCAAAACGUCGGCGUUGCACUUAAAAAAUUCGCGUUUCUGGCCAAAAACCCGGGUUGUCCGAUUACCGGGCCAAAAGCGUUAGGCCCCCAGGCAACCGGGCCAAAGAAAACCGCACGAGAAACGCGCUCCCCGUUGCCAGUACAUACUCAAUAAGCGAAAAACGCCAGCAAAACGCGCGCGUUGUUCUGUUUUUGUGUGUAGUUUUAUUUUUGGAAUAUAGAAGAAGAAAAAAGAAGAAAAGCGAUCCGCAGCAAUCCGAGGAAAGUAGUACUAUAAAGCGAAAGAAAAGUGUGCCGCAGCCCCGAAAACCCAAGCAAUAAUAGACGCGCGCGGUGCCUUGGAUUUCUACGGCUCCACGGUGGAGAACUUUUACCUCAGAAUGGAUCCGACGCGGGGCGACUCGCGCUACAACCUGAACUACUCGAUGAGUAGUAUCGGGUUGAGCCUGACGGAUCCGGCGGACAUGUACGGCAAUGCCGCCCUGGGCGGGGCACGCCCCCCCUCCGGCGGUCUGCUGCAGAACAUGGGCGGCGGUGUGCCGCCCAUGCAGCGACCAAAUCCGGCGGGCGGCGGCGGCGGAGCACCCCCUCCACAAUGCCAAACGCUCCACAGCCCACAACACGCCUCCCAACAGCAGCAGCAGCAACAGCAGCAACAACAACAGCAGCAGCAGCAACAUCAGCAGCAACAACAGCACCCCCAGCAGCAACAACAACAGCAACGGGGACUUAAACGUUCCGGCAGCGAUUGCUACGAGGAUCACCAUCGCUCCACCGGCGGAGGACUCACGCUCCAAGGACUGGACAACGUGUCCAGCGGUCCAGUGGUCGACGACACCGUGGACAGCUAUAACCCACUGCCCAACAAGAAAUCACCGCCCGCCAAUGGCAAAAAGACAAAGGGACGUGUCAAAAUCAAAAUGGAAUAUAUCGACAACAAGCUGCGUCGCUACACGACCUUCUCCAAGCGCAAAACGGGCAUCAUGAAGAAGGCCUACGAGCUGUCUACGCUGACCGGGACACAGGUGAUGCUGCUGGUGGCCAGCGAGACGGGCCACGUGUACACAUUUGCAACGCGCAAGCUGCAGCCGAUGAUCACCUCGGAGGCGGGCAAGCAGCUCAUCCAGACCUGCCUCAAUUCGCCGGAUCCGCCCAGCGUCGGCGGCGGCGACCAGCGGAUGUCGGCCACCGGGUUCGAGGAGACGGAGCUCAGCUACAACAUCGCCGACGAGGACUCGAAAGAUGACCGAUCGCCCACUUCGUCGGGCAACGAAUCGGAUGAUUCGUCGGAUGUGGAGAUGCCCGUGGAGGCAGCCGAGGUGGUGGCCGCCAAGUUAACGGCCAGCAAAACAGAGGCAUCAGCUCCUCCAGUCACAUCUUCAGCGGCUGCCUCAUCUUCGUCAACUUCUGGCAGCAAGGCCAUGCCAGCAUUGAACUAUCAGACUGAGAACACCGGACCCUCGACCUCCACAGCAGCUGGAGGAGGAGGAGGAGGGGGCGGAGGAGCGGCCCCGGCGGACAGCAAGUAUGUCUACCCAGCUGCCUCGUUUGCCAACAUACCGCAGAAAAUGCUGAGGCAACUUAUACAAACAGGACACUUGCAGCUCCACGCUGAAGAGGAUGGCAAUCAGUAUGUAACCAUACCACUCAGUUCCACGGCGGCCAACCUGAUCAAAAGCAAUAAGUUACAGGCUUCAGGAGGAUCGGCUUCAGGAGGAGGCACCGCAUCGAAAAGCGAUCCCAGUGCCGAGAAACCCUUGAGCAUCAAACAGGAAUACGAUUAGCCCCCUGCCACGCCCACUGCCUAUCCCAUACCGAGAACUGCGUUUAUCCACACUUGCCCACAACAUCUGAAAAGAAAAUCAUCAGCAGGAGAUUACCAUCACACAACCACUAUUCUCUUAAAGUCUAUCCAAAGUUUUCGUAGACGAUCGCCGGCUAAGUCUAAGUCAUACUAUAUCUACUAUAUCGCAUAUAUACUAUUUUUAUACCUAUACAAGAAAAAAGGAGAAGAAAAGAACCCUGAUGCCAGCGGCAUAUCUACAUACGUAAGUUUUAAAAGUUUUGCAAGUUAUGCAUCGUAAAGGCAUUACACUGAUAUCGAGAUGAUUAAUGAUCGAUGAUAAAUGAGAAAUGGAAAACAAGGAUGAUAUGGAUGUUCCUAAAUCGCAGAGAUCAUGUUGCUUUGUUACUAGUUUAUAUUGUUUUAUUAUACAAUACAUAAAUACAUAUAAACCACUUUUUUUGCAUAAAAUCAAAA